CUUCUCGUCAACUUAUUUCGAUUCCAUACGCGCCAAACAUUGUAGGCCGUGUGAUAUAAUUAACGCAAAUACUUCGAACCAACACUGUUUAUGACCAUUGAUAACUGAAAAAUCCUGUUUGUUUGUAAGAUAGAGUUUGUUUCGUUAUGUAUUAUUCAAUCUAGCCGUCUAAACGGAAAGAAGGAACAAUCCCCUCUCUCUGUCUCCAAGGCAGCAGGCAGUAAACUGAAAGCACAUCAAGUGUUGUAGAAACGAGAAGUGUGUGUGCUGGCGCUUCGGUGAUGUGGCUGAUGCAGGGCCAGAGGAGCAGCCCCAGGGGCGACAGUGUUUGUGCUGCUGAUGAUGACUGCAGUAUCAGCACGGUGAUGAAGACUGACUCCUUCUGUAUGAACCAGUCCUUCCCCUCCGCGCGCAACUGCACUCUCAACAGCAUGGACGCAUCAUCAGGUGAUUCUCAUGUUGGUUCAUCAGAAGCAAUGAGGAUCUCUGAUCUGCAAAGCUUCCACCCCGUGUCUCCUUCAUCAGUUCAUGGGUCUCCAGUGUUGGAGAGCUCUCUGCUCAGGCAACUCAUGUGUACCGCUCCAGAAAAAAGAGGCACAGCUCUCACCAUUAACCCCAAUAAAGCUGUCCUGUCCAUUAACUGCACAACAUUACAGGUUUUGGAUUCAAAUGAACAUGCCUGUAAGCUGUUUGAGUGUGGAUACAGUGAUUUGAUCGGCCAGAAGCUGACUUCUCUCCUAAGAGUCAGUCAGAUGCUAGAGGAGGUCCUGAAGGAGGAGACUCUGGAUUCUGAUGGAAACCUAGUUGCUAUUUCUGCAAAAGUGGUGAGCGCAGUGAGUUUGACAGGAGAUGAGUUUCCAGUGUCUGUGUGGCUUCAGAUACCAGAGCAGCGGCAGCAGAUCUUAGAGCUCCUGCUGGAGCGAGUGGAGAGAAUCACAGCACACGUGACUUUCACUCAAAAUGGUGGAAUCCUUAGUUGUGACACAACUUUUGCCCAUCUUUAUGAUUACCACACUGUUGAGGAGAUGACUGGCCUGUCAAUCAUGUCUCUGAUGCCGUCACUACAGAUCCCCUUCCAUUGCAGGACUCCCAAGGUGUUGCGUGUUCAGAGAUUGCAUGUGCAGGCCAGGUCUGGUGUGGUGGUGCCAGCAUGUGUUCGUCUGCAGGCUGCUGUGUCCUGUGGAAGAUCACCGCUGCAGAUUAAAGGAUCAGCACAUCCAGAACCUUCUGAUGGUUCACACACAAGCUCUCGACAGACCAACCGAACUCCUACCGGGGGUAAAUCGGGCACGGGUGGUGUCCUGUCACCCAGUGCAGAUGUGCUGUACUUUGGGUCAGUGUGUGUGUUUGCUCCCAGUAGCUGCCUCUUGACACUUCAGCCCAACGGCACCAUUCACAGUCUCAACAACCCCUUCAGCUCUCUGCUGCUCGGAUACAACAGCGGUCAGCUGCUCGGAAAGAAUGUCACGUACCUGAUACCGGCGUUUUAUGAGCGGGUUCGUGCUGCGGACCAAAGCGACCACCCUACAUCUCAUCCACAUGAUGCAUCCAGCCCCUCUGACAGCUGCACAGAUCCAAACACAGUGCUUGCUGGUGACAGUGUGAUGGUGCAUCUAGCCAUGCGUAGGAAAGCAGGUCUUGGGAAAGGGAAGAGGAUCUUCAUUGGGAAAAACGCUAAACUGGAGAAGGAGAACAGCAUCCUAUCAACCUUGACCUCACCUGCUGUCACCUCCACACCACUGAAUGGGUUGGAUGACACUACAGAGCUUAUUGAGCAGGUUGUGGAUGUGACUCCUCGAGGGUCUGAGUCUGACUCCGCCAACACCACCGCUCUGCUACAGACCUUUGCUCUGGUGGAGUCCCAGGAAGUCCACAAGACCUGCCUCUCCACUACUGUCUCUCCUCAUUGUGGCCCAUCCGAGCAGAACUUUGCUAGGCGAGAUGCCUCCAUAGCCCCGAACUCAACCCGUAAAGAAGCUCCAGUAAAGUCCUGUGCCACUGUGCCACAUCCAAAACCCCCCACAAAGGCCUGCCAGUGUUCAGAGAAAGCUCAGCUUCAGGAAUCCAGCUUUGAGGUGAUCUCCCUGGGCAGUGGGUCAUCGUCUGGGUUCUGCGAGCGGCUUGUGGGUGGCUCUGGUCCUGAAAAGCUAGACGAGUCUCAGCAGGGACAUCACCUAGCGGAAUCGGGCAGCACGUUUUUGGAUUUGAACUCUAAUGGAGAUGUCAUUGUUCAUGCCAUGUCAGAGAUGGACCUGAAUGACAGUGUUGAGAUUCUAAGUGCAUCUGCAGAUCUUAACCAUUCGCUUACCUCAUGUGACACUGCUGAGCUCCUCCGUACUCCUUCACCCUUCAUUGUGGAAUCCGACCUUGAAACAGAGGCUCAAAUCUGCCCGGAGCAAGAGAAAACGCAAAAUGUUUCCCUAUCACCGGAAAUCCGGAAUGCCUUGGAUCUCCGGAAGGGUGGAAUAAUGUUACCAGGCGACACUCCUACCACCUCUACUCCUAAAAAGGUGAAGACAAACUCUUCCAUUCCAGAAGGAAGGAUUCAUGUGACCUGCUACAACAGAGAUGGAAAAUCAAUUGAGGUGCAGUGUGAUGUACGUUGGAUGUCCCUGUCCAGCGGCAGCUCUCUGGUCUGUCUGUGGCUGAGUGGGAGUCAUCUCCUGCUCCACCACCAGGAGGCGCCACCGAGCACAGUGUCUCCCACAGUGAGGACAGGAGCCCCAGGACAGGAAGCCUUUGCCUCCAGUCUCGCUGAGGCAGUUCGUUCAGAUGCCUUGCGCUCCUCUGUGCACUUGGAGCAGUCUGGGGCAUGUGAGGGUUACUUUGCAGAAGACUAUCGUCCGCUGUGCUCUAUUGGAAAGGGAGCCUUCGGCUUUGUCUGCCUCGCUGCAAGAAGGAAAGAUGAACAGGAAGUGGUUGUGAAGUUUAUUAGGAAAAGUGCAGUGGUGAGUGAAGGCUGGGUGGAUGAUCCUGAUCUGGGCCGGGUCAGUCAAGAAGUGGCUAUACUGGUUCGCCUGCAACAUCCCAAUAUUGUGAAGGUGCUGGAGGUGUUUGAGAAUGAGCGAUUCUUCCAAAUGGUCAUGGAGAAACAUGGGGAUGGGCUUGACCUGUUUGAGUUCAUCGACAUGCAGCCGAGACUGGAUGAGCCUCUCGCGAGCUACAUCUUCAGACAGUUGGUAGACGCAGUGAGUUACCUGCGUGGCAAAAGAGUGCUCCACAGGGACAUAAAGGAUGAAAAUAUCAUCAUAAACUCUAAAUUCCACAUCCGGCUGAUCGACUUCGGCUCUGCUGUACUUCUGGAACCCGGAAAGCUCUUCUACACCUUCUGUGGUACUCUGGAGUACUGCUCCCCAGAGGUGCUUCAGGGAAACCAGUACGAGGGUCCAGAGCUGGAGAUGUGGUCUCUAGGAGUGCUCUUAUACACCUUACUCUUCAGUGAAAACCCGUUUUGCAGUGUGGAGGAAACCUUGCAGGCCCGACUCAACCCUCCAUGCCAGAUAUCUAAAGAGUUGUAUGCACUGUUGGCUGGUCUUUUGCACCCAGUGGCUGAUCAGAGAAUGACUCUCGAGGAGCUCUUGGAGUCGCAGUGGAUUCAGCAACCCAUAAAUCAAGCAGAGUACUCGUGGGGAGAGGUCUUCCCCUCCAGCAACGAAUCCAAAGAACAUGUGGAGCCCAACUCACCUGUGCACCGGGUAGACAAGCUCUACCUGGACCCCGAAAACAAUCUGAGCACAUUAGAGGACACUCCAUUAGAAGAUGAGGAGGAGGAUGAGGAGCAGAGGAGAACAAUGGCGGCGCUGCAGUCUGAGCUGCUGAAAUAUCUCACCGACGAGUGAGGAACUGUUGUGAAAGGGGCACUAAUGUGUUCUGCUCAACUAAUUAUGACAUUACAUCUAAUGUCACCAUGAGCACUAAUGCACAGUCUCUGCAGAACUCUCCGUCCACCUGCCGCUGUCCUCCUUGAUGAUACCAGUCCGUCCAAAGAGCAAAAGGAAAGUGUGACUGGGAAUGGAAGCCAUCUGUGUUGCUAAGGAACAGCUUUAUCUCUGUGUUUGGUGAAGGAAUAUGAGUGUAUUUAUCAGUGUGUUGUUUUUUUUUAUCUUUCAUGGAGUUUUUAAAACAUUGAAUUCUGA